AUGAAAGUUUUUUCCUGCAGCAUGUUUUCUAAAUACGGCCAAUUAAGAUUCCCUUUAGUGGAAGUCUUAGGUUACUUAAAUCUGCAGCUUGCGGUUAGUAUAUGUAGAAGACUCGCCAUCGCCAAAUUCGCCCGAAGUCUGCUGGUCAUAACGAAGACGUUGGCGGUGAACGCUGCCCAGGACGCCACCGAUUUGGUGGCGAAGCUGAAGGCUUACCAGAAUUCCAGCCAGACCAAAAAGGAUCACGUGCAUUUGAAGUACGUCGGGUUGGAUCAAAUCGAAGGUACCGUGAGAGACAAUAGGAAGGCGGGCGGGCUGGAGUCGAGUAUGUCUAAGGUGAAAUGGUUGAAAUUCGCGACGGAGGUGGCGAUAACUAUACUAAGAAUCGACGAUAUGAUCAAAUCGGAUGCGGAGCAGAAGGGCGGAAAGAGCUACCACGAUGCUAUGGAUAGCGGUGCAUGA